GGUCUCGAAGCAUAGGGCGAAGGUUUCUCUUCACAGUGCAUGGACGGAAAGCCAAUGCGCAGGUGUACCAGUACUCGACCAGGAGAGACCGGAAUGGAUGUGACUAGCCGUUGCACGCUCGGAGAUCCUAACAAACUGCCGGAAGGGGUGCCGCAGCCUGCUCGCAUGCCCUACAUCUCUGACAAGCACCCUCGACAAACUUUGGAAGUCAUCAAUCUUCUCCGGAAGCACCGGGAGUUGUGCGAUGUGGUGUUAGUAGUCGGUGCUAAGAAGAUUUACGCCCACAGGGUGAUUUUGUCAGCCUGCAGCCCUUACUUCCGAGCCAUGUUCACUGGGGAGCUGGCAGAGAGUCGGCAGACAGAAGUCGUGAUCAGAGACAUCGAUGAAAGAGCCAUGGAACUGCUGAUUGACUUUGCGUACACCUCUCAGAUCACUGUGGAAGAAGGAAAUGUCCAGACCUUGUUGCCAGCUGCUUGUCUUCUCCAGCUGGCUGAGAUCCAGGAGGCCUGCUGUGAGUUCCUUAAGAGACAGUUGGACCCCUCCAAUUGCCUGGGCAUCCGAGCUUUUGCUGACACUCACUCGUGCCGUGAACUGCUGAGGAUUGCUGACAAGUUCACACAGCAUAACUUCCAGGAGGUAAUGGAGAGUGAGGAGUUCAUGCUGCUUCCUGCCAAUCAGCUCAUAGACAUUAUAUCCAGUGACGAGUUAAACGUUCGCAGCGAAGAGCAGGUGUUCAACGCGGUGAUGGCCUGGGUGAAAUACAGCAUUCAGGAAAGAAGACCCCAGCUGCCACAGGUCCUGCAGCAUGUCCGUCUACCACUGCUGAGUCCCAAGUUUCUUGUUGGUACAGUGGGCUCUGAUCCGCUUAUUAAGAGCGAUGAGGAAUGCAAAAAAAAGGAUCUAGUGGAUGAAGCUAAAAAUUAUCUGCUGUUGCCCCAAGAGCGGCCACUGAUGCAAGGACCAAGAACUAGACCACGCAAACCCAUCCGCUGUGGAGAAGUGCUCUUUGCAGUGGGGGGCUGGUGUAGUGGGGACGCAAUUUCCAGUGUCGAGCGCUAUGACCCUCAAACCAAUGAGUGGCGGAUGGUGGCUUCCAUGAGCAAAAGACGCUGUGGUGUUGGAGUCAGUGUUCUGGAUGACCUUCUCUAUGCUGUAGGAGGCCACGAUGGUUCCUCUUACCUUAACAGUGUAGAAAGGUAUGAUCCAAAGACCAAUCAGUGGAGCAGUGAUGUGGCCCCCACCAGCACCUGCAGGACCAGUGUUGGAGUAGCAGUUCUUGGGGGCUACCUCUAUGCUGUGGGUGGCCAGGAUGGUGUCUCUUGUCUCAACAUUGUGGAAAGGUAUGACCCCAAAGAAAACAAAUGGACUCGAGUGGCUUCCAUGAGCACCAGGCGCCUGGGAGUUGCAGUGGCUGUGCUAGGGGGCUUCCUCUAUGCUGUGGGAGGCUCUGAUGGGACUUCUCCUCUCAAUACAGUGGAACGCUACAAUCCUCAGGAGAACCGCUGGCACACAAUUGCACCCAUGGGGACGAGGAGGAAGCACCUGGGCUGUGCAGUGUACCAAGACAUGAUAUAUGCUGUGGGAGGCAGAGAUGAUACGACAGAGCUCAGUAGUGCUGAGAGAUACAACCCUCGAACCAACCAGUGGUCUCCUGUUGUGGCCAUGACAUCCCGCCGGAGCGGAGUUGGCCUCGCAGUGGUGAAUGGACAGCUGAUGGCAGUGGGGGGUUUUGAUGGCACAACGUACUUGAAAACCAUUGAGGUGUUUGAUCCAGAUGCUAACACAUGGAGGUUGUACGGUGGGAUGAACUAUCGGCGGCUGGGAGGAGGAGUAGGUGUUAUCAAAAUGACACACUGUGAAUCUCAUAUAUGGUAAGCAUCGAGAGGGAGGGAGACCCCUUGGUUCUCAUUCCUAGAACAACUGAAGAGACUUGUUGACACUGGACCUCUUUGCAGCUCUAGCAUGCACGGUCUAGAAUCCAAUAUAACUCUUUGCUGGUGACUCUUUCUAUGGAAUUAUAAAAAUGACUUCUGUGGGAGCGUGCCCAAUGGGAGACCACGUUGUCAGACUCCAGGGAACCACUGGACAAAAGUAGAAGUGUUGCUUAUGUCCGUAUUUUUUCUAAAUAGUCUACAUUUUUGAAUAAACCAAACUGUCAAAAGUUAUUGUAGCAUAAACAAUGCUGAUGUAGAGACUACAUGUUAUAGGGGGAGUCUGGCAAGGAGGAGGGUUUCCUGCUUUCCCUCCUGCUGUGUGAGCGGUGGAUGUGGCAGCUGUGUGGCGGGUGAAAGAGGAAAGUGAUACAGAAAACAUUGCUUUUGCCUUAUUUACAGAGAGCUUAAAAAAAAAAAAAAGUACUUGACCUGCAAGGUGCCACCUUUGCACAGAAGCUUUUCUGUGCACAGAGUAUAUUUAUUUUUUCAUUUAAUUUGUAUCAUGUAUUUUCUUUGUAUCGCUCAGAGCGAUAAUUCCAGCUUUUUAUACACAUAUAUAUAUGUGUGUGCAUAUAUAUAUAUAUAUGUAUUUUAUAUAUAUAUGUAUAUGUGUGUGUAUGAUUUGAGUUUUGACAAGCUGGUGGGUUAGGGCAGGGCUAUGUCCUGCCAGCUAUUGUGGUUCCAACCCUUGUGGUAAUGUUUUAGGGUCUCUUAGAGUACAGGAGAGGAUGGGUGUCCUGAGUAUCUUUUCAGUCUUGCUAGAGGCAAGAAGUAGAACUGGAACUCUCAUCUAUCGACUGAAUCAGUGAAGUGCCCAAAAAGGGUGAGAGUGAAAAGGAUUUCAAAUGAUGCCUUUUUACUGUACAGCGUAUGGUACAAAAGUUCAGCUUUUGUCUCUCCCCUCCCCUAUAUAUAAACCUAGAAACAACUAGUUGUUGCUUACUUGUAAAACCCUUUUUCUCACGUUGCCUGCUAGGUAUCAGUUCUUGUCUGAAGCGGGGACGCAGGUAUCAGCUGUUAAUUCUGACUAG